AUGCGUUUCGCAUCUCGGCCGACACUCCUCAUGCCUUUGCAACGCUCGGCUGAUCUGUUUCCCAUCUCGGCCGAGGCGUUUCGCAUCUCGGCCGACACUCCUUAUGCCUUUGCAACGCUCGGCCGGUGCGUCUGGCAUCUCGGCCGAGGCGUUUCGCAUCUCGGCCGACACUCCUCAUGCCUUUGCAACGCUCGGCUGAUGUGUUUCCCAUCUCGGCCGAGGCGUUUCGCAUCUCGGCCGACACUCCUCAUGCCCUUGCAACGCUCGACCGAUGCGUCAUCUCGGCCAAGGCGUUUCGCAUCUCGGCUGACAUGCCUCAUGCCUUUGCAACGUUCGGCUGAUGCGUUUCCCAUCUCGGCCGACACUCCACAUGCCUUUGCAACGCUCGGCCGAUGCUUUUCUCAUCUUGGCCGACCUGCCUCA